CCGGAAGGUAGAGGGGAGACGCACAGCAGCUGCCGAGGAGCGAACCAGGGAGAGAUUGAGAGAGAUUGAGAGAGAUUGAGAGAGAUUGAGAGAGAUUGAGAGAGAGAGAAAGAGAGUGUGUGAAGGCGGGGUAAGAUGCUGACAUCGCCGAUUUUCAACACGUACCCUCUCUCGAACUACACCUUCGGGACGAAAGAACCGAAGAUAGAGAAAGACACUUCAGUCGCCGAUCGUCUUGCUCGUAUGAAGGUCAACUACAUGAAAGAAGGCAUGAGGACCAGCGUUGAAGCUAUACUUCUGGUUCAGGAACAUAACCAUCCUCACAUACUUCUAUUGCAAAUUGGUAACACCUUCUGUAAGCUGCCUGGUGGACGCCUCAAGCCUGGAGAGAAUGAAAUUGAAGGCUUGAAAAGAAAGUUGUCAAGUAAAAUUGGUGCUAAUUCUCCCUCACUGCAGCCAAAUUGGCAGAUUGGAGAAUGUGUGGCUAUUUGGUGGAGGCCAAAUUUUGAAACUGUGAUGUACCCAUACUGCCCUCCUCAUAUAACAAAGCCAAAGGAAUGCAAGAAGCUUUUCAUUGUUCAUUUGUCUGAAAGAGAUUACUUUGCCGUACCUAAGAAUUUGAAACUGCUGGCUGUUCCCCUGUUUGAGCUCUAUGACAAUGUUCAGAGAUAUGGGCCAGUUAUAUCCACAAUUCCGCAGCAGCUUUCCAGGUUUCACUUCAAUAUGAUUCAUACAUAAAUAAGAACAUGCAGAAUCUGCAAGUUCCCAUGUGCAUCAAUUAUAUGUUGGUGGAAAAGGAGAAUAAUCUAGUUUGGUAGAUCAUUCCAGACAAUUCAACCUAGACUUAUUGUUUCCUCCUGUAAUGCUGUAAUUUGUACUAUGCCUUAAUUAAGGUUUAUUAAAUUUAAGCACUUGAAGCAAACUCAGUUGUCUUGUCUUUCUCAUAUAUAAUUAUAGGUUAAUUUUAGAAGAGCUAGUGUUUGUUUUUACAUGGGUCUUAUAAUCUUGGUGAAAUUAAUCUCUUGUUUUACUUUUUGAUUGUUGCUGGUUUGGUAGAGUUUAUUGUACAUAAAGAAAGAUUGUGUGUUUCCAAAUUUAUUUGUUAAUGAGAAUGUCAGUUUUCAGUAAGA